AUGACAUUCUCAGAUUCAUCUGAAAUUUCUACCAAGUGGAUAGAACAACCGUUGGACCACUUCAAUGACACCGAAACCCGUACAUGGAAGAUGAGGUAUUUCGAAAGACUUGAUCUUUGGAAACCAAAAGGACCGAUCUAUUUGUUUAUCAACGGUGAAGGAGCAGCAAGCGACGUGUUUCUUCAAACAGGAAUAUUGUAUGAUUUGGCAAAAGAAACUAAUGGUGCCAUGUAUUUGUCUGAACACAGAUAUUAUGGGAAAAGCAAACCAUUUAAAAACUUGAAUGCAGAAACUUUAGCGUAUCUUAGUUCUCGGCAAGCUCUUGCAGACGUAGCGAAGUUGUUAGAAGACAUAAAAAUGUCGCCGAUGUAUAAUGAAUCAAAAGUUGUGGUCGUUGGAGGUUCUUACGCAGGCAACUUGGCUGCUUGGAUGAAACUCCUGUAUCCUGACCUAGUUGAUGCUGCUGUCGCCAGUAGUGCACCAGUGCUAGCGAAGAAAAACUUCCACGAAUAUCUAGAAAGAGUUAAUUAUGACUUUGAGCAAUAUGGACCUGAUGGGUGCAUUAGUAGGAUAAGACAAGUAUUUCAAAGGUACGAUGAGAUGUUUAAAACCAGUUCGGGAAUUGCUCAACUCAUGGAAGAAGAAGAAAUUUGUAAAGACGUAGAUAUGAUGAAACCAGAAAAUAAGCAAAUGUUCUUUUUAGACAAAGCUUCUAAUUUCAUGUUCGAAGCUCAGUACGGUGACGUUGACAGCAUAAUGUAUUUUUGCGAAGACGUUAAGAAAACUUUUCAUAUCAAUUCUCGUAUCGAAGACAAUGUAUUUUUGAGCAAAGAAGAGAACUGUUUCAAUUAUGAUUUCGACGAAAUGAUUGAACAGAUGAGGGACAUAGACUGGGCUAUGUCUUGGACUUAUCAAACUUGUACGGAAUUUGGUUAUUUUCCGACUACCGAUUCGAAAGACCAGCCUUUUAAUAAUGUGCCGGUAGAAUUCUUUUAUUCAAUGUGUACUAAGGCUUAUGGGGAGAAUUUUAAUGAAAAACGAGUCGACGAAGGAAUUGAAAUUUCAAAUAAUAUGUACAGUGGCCUGCAACCUAAUCUUACGAAUGUAGUGUUUGUGAAUGGUGAAUUGGAUCCAUGGAGUAGAUUGGGUGUAUUAGAAGACGUGUCGUAUGAUGCUCCAGCCAAGAUGAUACCUCAAGCGUCUCACUGCAGAGAUUUGUUUUCAGACAGGUCGAAGGAUCCAGAAGAAUUAAAGGAAGCGAGGAAGUACAUUAAAUAUUUAAUCAAGAAAUGGAUUGGUGCUGGAGAAUAUAAGAAACCUUAA